GCGACGCGCCGCGCCGCGACUCGAGUUGCCUGCCACAGCGAAAAUAGAAAUAGUAACACUUGUACAAAUUGCUGGUAGCAAGCUUACCUUGGCCAUCGAUCGCGCCCUCCGUGUGUUCACAGUUCGCGUGUCAAGCCAACGUACAUUAGAGCUACACCCGUACGCCCAUACACCCGGACACCCGUAGACACGUACACCCAGACAGGACAGCAGGGCUAAGUAGGCUGGGCCGUUGUCCUUGGUUUAGUCUAGGGCUUGCAGCGCCAGGCAACGCUAUGUCUUGCGUACUGCUUGCGUCAGUCUGAGGACUGUUUGUGUUUCUGUGGUGCUUGUGCUUGUGUUUGGUUUGAUUUUUUGUUACGGUCUAAUUGUUAUGCAACCGUCAUAAGUAUAAGGCGGCAUGUCCUUACAACGUUAUGCAAUAAUCGCGGCGGUCAGUCAGCAACAGCAACACAAACAGCAGCAACAGCAACAGCAGUUGCAGCAUCCCUUGCCACACAAUGCAACAGUCAUGUCAACAUCAACAUCAACGACAGCAACAGCAACGACAGCACCGUCAGCAACAACAAUGGAUCUAAAAUCUUUAACCGUUAGUGAGGACGAGUUGCUGCAAUCCCAGGAGCUUGCCAGCAGCUCCUCGAUUACAACAUAUUACAAUGGCGGCAUGGGUCUCUACAAUCAGCAGCGCGGCAUUGGAGGCGGCAUCUCUCUGCUAAAUGGCGUCGCUGGCUCUGCCGGCAGCGGUCACAGUAGUUCAGCCGGAGGCAGUGGCUCACAGACCUAUGCGCAUGUUGUCAAUGGAAGCGUGAAUCUGCUGCUUGGCGGGUCGAUGUUAUGCCUGGUAACGACAAUACUUUGUGUGGUCUGCUAUUGUUGCCAUCGCAAUAUUAAAAAGCGUACUGAGGCCGCAUACAGGCAGCAACAGCAUCAUUGGCUGGAGAACGAUCCCAAUAUGGAAAUUUACAGCGUUGAACAGUGCUAUGAGACGUCGGGUCUGUUUCUGGGCGAUUCAACGGACGGUUUGACCACUCUGCCCACGCUUCAUCAUGAGCCACCGCCUUCGUAUGAUGCCGUUGUCUUGCACGAGCAGCAGCUGUUGCAGCAGCAACAGCAACAUCUGGAGGAGCAGCAACUGCAGCUGCAACAGCAGCAACUACUGCUGCAACGUGUGUCACCGCCGCCCGGUUAUCGCUCCACGCUGGACAUUGGCAGCGCCGAUGGACUGGCGGCCAGCAGCAGCUGCAGCAGCAGUGCCGCUGUCAAUGCCGGCGAAGUCUUGGCCAACAAGCAAUUGCAACGCACAUUGAAUGCCCAAUCAUGUUGCUCGUUGCAGCGUGCCGAAGUGGAGAACAUGUGGAAUGCAGCCGCAGCAGCGGUGGCGGCACGGAACGGCAAUUGCCUUGAGCUGGACACAUACCUGACGACGACGUCGUCAACGUCAUCGCCACCGCCACCAUUGCCGCCAGCGUUGCAGGCGCGCAAGCAGGCACAGAGCGCCCUGCGGCUAAACACAUUCGGCAGACGCUAUUUGCAGUAUAGUCAACAGCAUCAGCAGCAUCAGCAGCAGCAACAGCAGCAACAUAGCCACUACAACAGUGGCUGUCCACUGUGUGGCAAGUUCCGCUAUGCGCCCGAAGAGGAGGCGUUAACGGCAUCCCUGGAGAGCGGUCUAGAACACUUCGAUGCCAAUGACAAUGUGGCAAGUGUUGAAGAACAGUUGCAGCAACAGCAGCUACAACAGCAGCAACAAGAAAAUCAACAGCAGCAGCAACAGCAACAACAGCCGCUAGCUGCCACAGAUAGUUGCAAUCAAAUUGACAGUCGAAUUGAUGAUGAUGCAGAUACGGCAAAUGGCAAUACGCCGGACAAUACAAUUGCAGCCACAUCAGCAACUGAUGCUGAUGUUGGCACAGACGAAAAUGACAAUGCCACAGCAGCUGCAACAGCAGCAACAACAGAAGUUGCCACCGUACUGGAUAUGAGCAACAUCAAUGAGAACGGCAUCAUCAGUCUGGAUAUGAGCAAAAUCAUUGACGUAUCGGGUCUGCCCACAUACGAGGGCGCCCUCAAGCUCGAAUCCAGUGGCUAUGUGUGAAACUAAGAAAAAAUGGGAAUUUCAAUUUCAAAAUGUCCCAAAUCACGAAUGUGCUUUAUUUUCUAAGUGAUUAAGGCGUUGAGCAAACAGUUUGGAAUGUGUUGUUGUUAAUGCUUAAAUCAUGUGACCAGUGUGAUUUUUUUUCUUACAACUGGCGACAACAACUGUUUGCAAACUGAUUGCUCUUAACUCCCAAUAAGUGCAAGCUUAAACACGGUUUGCGCGAUUUUUAAUCUAAAACAAAACCCAUUAAUGAUUAGUUGUAAGCAUGCAUAUCCCAGAGAUCGUUUGCUGCAAGCAAUCUGUAAACAAAAAAAUAUCAAUAAAAUCAAAAUGUACUCGAACAUUAUA